CUGCAAAGCAAAUUGAGAAAAUUCGCAAAUCGUUUAAAAUAAAGAAAAUGAUAGUAAACAAAAGAAGAUUAUUAAUUGCAGGUUUUAUACCUUUCAUGUGUGUGUUCUCUAUAACUCUGAUACAAACCAACAUCAUCUUUGCUCUGGAUGGAAUGAUAAAUCAUACUGCUAUAGACUGGGCACGACCAAAGCUACGGGAACAUUUCCACAGCAUAGACCAUAUUAACACUUGCAUUCAGGUUCCUGACGAAUCUGAAGGAUGCCAUACAAAUGUUCUCGAUGGACCUUUUCCUUGGGGUGAUUCUAUAGAGGCUUUAUUAAAUCUUAUCAUUGCUGUCGGAUCUGUUUUGGGUACACUCGUUACAUUAAUAGUUUACGACUAUAUUAAUAUGAGGUUUGUAUUUGCCCUGUGUAUUGUAUACCCUGGAUUUCUAAACAUUAUAACACCUCCGAUAGCAAAAGAAGGAGGAUACAUCAGUGUUCUUAUUCUUAGAUUUUUUACUGGGUUUUACUCUGCCAUCAUCAGUCCUGCAAUACCUAUGAUUAUACAGUUAUGGUUUCUAAGUACUGAGCAAUGUAGACUGAAUGUGGUGGUUUGGCUGGGAUGUGAGAUGGGGAGAAUGUUUUUCUUCCUGAGUGGAGACUUGAUAAAUGAUCCGAACCUAGGAUGGGAGUUCCUAUUUUAUAUGCCUGGAGCUGCAUGCAUAGUAUUCGGGACAGCGUUCUUUGUUACAAUCACAGAUGAUCCGCUUGAAAGUCCUUUCCUAUCCGAACCUGAAAAGGAACUCAUAGCAGAGGAUAAACGACGGGAGUUUAAACCAAAAAUCAAACCAUCCUGUCAGGUUCAUGUUCGUAGAGGAUCAAGGAUAAUUUCCAAGUUGAGUUCCUUUAAGAAGAACAUGAAACUGAUGAAGAGCAGGAAGGAGAAGCUGAAAACUCCUUGGUACAAGAUUAUAACAGAUCGAGACGUCUUGUUAUCUAUUCUUCAAUCCAUUGCUUUGUCCUGGCAAUCUCCAGUUAUGACGAUGAUGAUGAAGAAAUAUCUUCAAGAGAUCCAUGGAUACAGUAUAAAUGAAGCAGCAUUCAUGGUGACAAUACCUAAUAAUAUUUCCCAGGUUGUGUUUGGUUGGACCAGUGCUUGGCUAGGUGACCUGGCUAUACAGAAGAAUAUACCAACCUUGCUGGUCAGGCGGGUCGGAGCUAUCAUCUGUGCUAUAUCCUCCCUACCCUACCUUAUCCUACCCUUCUUACCCUGCAGCAUUGUAAACAAGAGAUGGUUUGUUGCUCUCAUUCAAAUAUUUGGAAGCUUUAGAGUUGCUGGUAAUCUAGCAGGAUAUACUUCAUUCAGAGAGCUGUCACCAACCUACAACCGUCAACUUUUUGGAUUAGCAAGCUUGUUUUCUAGUACAAUACCAAGUAUCAUGGUUCCACUAUUCAUGGGGUGGUUUAAAACCAGCACAAGAGAUCAGUGGAUUGGGAACUUUGCUACCAACACUACAAUAGUUUGUAUUGGUAAUCUGGUAUACGCUCUAUUCAUUAGAACCAACCAAGCGGAUUGGGAUCCAUAUACUAUUGAAGUUGAAUCGGAAGAUGAAUCUGAAUCCUUGUCCCAGUUUGAACUGGUUCCUGCUGGAGAAAGACCCUACGGAGCACGUGUGUUUGAUGCCCCUCCAAUCUACCCACCUGAAACUCCAGCUGGAAACAAUACAGAUGUUACAGCUACAGGACAGCCAACUUCUGAUAAAAGACCAGAUUUAAAUACAGAGCAGCUAACAGAUGUUACAGCUACAGGACAGCCAACUUCUGAUAAGAGACCAGAUUUGAAUACUGAGCAGCUAACAGCUAGUACACCUAUGGGACAUCUAACUCCUAAUAAAAGAGAAGAUUUGAAUACAGAACAGCUGACAGAUAGUACAACUAUAGGACUCCUAACUCCUGACAAAAGAACAGAGUUGAAUACAGAACAUCUAACAACUACAAGAAUGGAGCAUAUUAAACAUACAGGUCCUGCUAUUCCUGAGAACAAAACAGCUGAUUACCCAGAAGCAAGAAGUUAGAACAUUAGAAUACAAGCUAAGGGUUCUUCUCAAUGCUGAAUGCUGUUAUAAACUAUAUGUACAUAAAGUAAUCAAUAGUCAAGUCAAUCAUGAAGUAUGAGAUAUCUAAACUUUUGGCUUAUAAUAUUUCCAUUUAUGUCUAGUGUUAUGCACAUUUCAAACCAAAUUCAUCUAAAUAUGUUAAUCUGUAAAAAAGUAAUAGAAAACUUUAUUUACUUAAUUGUUUUAAAAUCACAUUACACCACAUAUCACAUCAUGUAUCUUCUUCAUGUAAUUAAAUCAUUUGUUUACAUCAUGUUGUAGUUACUUCAUGUAAUUAUAUCUAACGUAUUCAUAU